AUGGAGGCGGGGUUGGAAGCCGUGGUCGCCGCGCUGCAGGGGCGGAUUGACCCGAGCCGACCCUCCCCUCAUCCGUCGCGGGCUUACGGCAUUGCGUGGGAGUUGGUACAGGCACUGGCGGCGGCGGAGCGGCGGCGUCAGCUGCUGCGCCUCCUCACACUCUUUGAGCAGUGCCAGGAGGACUGCACGGCGGGGCACGUUGUUUCCGCAGGGGCGUUGGUGUCUGCCGGCGGCCUCGUGUCAGACGACGACGUGCGUCGCUGGGAAGGGGCGAUGCAUUCGAUGCUUUUGGCCCACCCGUCGUUUGCGAAGGACGUCGUCUCGGCUGUUUGCUUUUGCGUUGCGCAGAUGGCCGUGCGGUACGGCUCCGUCGCGUUGGUCGGGGCGGCGGGGGCGUCACUGCAGAACGUUGCGGCGACCGCACGUUUGCCGGAGGAGGUUGCGACGGAGCUGCUGGUGGAAUGCGCCGACGCCCUUGUGAAGGCGCACCGGGAGGAGGGGGAAGGGGCCGCAGACGCUGCGGAGCAAGAGGAGUUGGGAGGAAACGAUGGGCUGCGGGAUGCAUUGAUUGGGUACGCGUUGGACGCGCUUUCCUGCAGGCGCUGGGCUGUGGGGCUGAGUUCUCUUCUUUCCCGCCGCGUGCUGAUACCGCUGCUCCUCUGCGGCGGCCACGAGUCCCUUGGCAGCCACCAUGCGCGCGUCCAGGCGCUGCUGCGCUCCCUCGCAGCGGAGACGGCGCGGCAGGAGGAGGUGGUCGUCCUCACCGCGGCCCUUUUUGAGUAUUUGUUUCGCUUUACUGACGGCGACAAGGACCGCGACCACCGCUGCUCCCCGCAGCUGUGGAACACGCUCCAUGCGGCCUUCUGGGAUGCCCUGACGUGCGACGCGGACGCGGGACGGCGCGGCAACAUGCAGUUGCGUGUGGAAUACCUCUUAAAGCGCAUCGUGGACCUCACGCAUGAGCAGGCGACGCGGAAGACGUGGGAUGGCAACGUCUUCUUCCAUGAGUACUUUGUCUGGACACCCGCGGUGAGCCACAACCAGUGGGGGUUGUUCUUUCUUGUUGCCGAGGCCACCAACGAGUUUGGGCUGCACAUCAUUCAACCCGCCCUCCCGAAGCUCGACGCCCUUGUGGAGGCGUUGACGCAGGACGCUGCGGCAUGGGCCGCCGUCAAAGCUGGCGGCAACGACGACGCAGUGACGGCGCGAACGCACUUUGUGAGCGGCUUUCAUCCGGCGUGGGUGGAGCUGCUCUUUUUGAAGAUGCUGCUGCAUCCAAACACGGCCGUCCGCAAGGCCGGGCUGCGGCGGCUGUGGUCGCUGAGCACACCGGUGCUGAAGCUCUUCUCAAGCGUGUUUCUCUUCACCAACGCCGUGGAGGCAGCCGUGGACUCGCGUCUUUGCGCCGAGGUCGACCGCGCGCCGCAUGUGGCGAUAUUCUCCAUGGCGAAGGGCUUUGAGGGCGCCGAGGUGCGUGCGCUGGGGGGAGUGGCGGGACCACUUGCGGAUCAACUUGAACGGUUUUACGCGCGCGUUUUUCGGGAUGUCUUGCGCACGGCGCAGGAACGCAAGGAGGCCAUGUGCCGCUUCUUGCAUGGCUUUCUGCAGCGUCCCAGCGUGUACGGCGUGACGAUGCUGCUGCGUCUUCUCCACGGCGUUGCGGAGGCUCUGUCGCUUGAUGCUGAGGAGAGGAGUCGCGAGGCGACCGUGGAGAUGGUCACCGCUACAGAGUUUCUGCAGACGCUGCUGCUUGUCUUGCGGGACGCGGCACAUGACGGCGUUCCGUUUUGGCUUGAUGUUCGUCUCAGCGCCGUGGCCUUUAGUGCGCUUUUGCACUUUGCCCGCAUCGAUCCCGCGGUGGUGCGCCAGUGCGACGGCUUCUGGAAGCUGCUUUGCGUCUGUGGUCCUCUGGGGAGUCCCGGCGGGGGCAGCGCCGCCGCCAUUGACGCCGUCGGCCACAUUGGUGCUCUCGGCACGAGCAUCCACCCCUGCUUUUUCAACGAGCAGCUGCUGCGGAUGUCGAGGGCCGCUCCGUUUGGAGGGAGCGAACUUGGGCUCAUGCGCACCUUGCUGCGAACCGAUCGUCUGCGUGAGGAGGUGCGGCAGUUUCUUCGCCUCGCCGCCUUUGACGAGGUGCGUGGGAAGCAGCUCUUCUUCCUUUGCGGCGCCCUGCACCUGGCAGAGCCGGAGGACCGGCAGCUGCUCGCCGAUGUUGCGCAGGAGAUUGGGACAACGCUUCUAUCCUUUGAGAAGCGGCCGUACAGCCCUGCCGCGUCUCUCCUCACGGCGUUGGUUGCGUUUGUGGAGUUUCAUCAUUCCGUUGGAACAGUGGCGUGCACGCGGUACUACUCGCCGUCGAUGAUCGCUGGGCUGCGUGGCACUCUGCAUACGGUGGCGCUCAGCGCCCUUCGCCAGGCCACCCGGGCGAUGGCGCACGUGAACUCCUUUGAGGAUUUCCGCGAGGGGGCGUGGGCGCUGCAGCACACUGCGGCGUGGGACGUUGUGACGGCGGCUGCCCUCUCUGCAGGCCAAAUCGCCGUUGCCCAUGACCCCGCCGCUGCAACGACGUGGCCGCAGUCGCAGGCGUGCGUGACGGACGCGCUGGAGUUGCUUCUUUUAGACGCCGAUGGACCUCCGGCCGCUGCCGCUGCAGAGGACACGGUCAGAGUGACUCGGCACUUUGCCAAAAUGGUUGUGGCCAGGAAUAUCUCUUGCCUGUUGCAGAGCGUGCUCUCCAGCCUGAUCGCAGUGGAGGCGCCAGGCAGCGCAGUGGAAAACGUGGACACGGCGGAGGUGGCAUGCCGUUUUCCUCCCGGCACGACGGACCCUGUGCAGUGGAUUCGGUGCCUCAUGCGGUGCCCUUCCUUGCGACUCCUGACAUGCGAUGUGCCUUGCCCGCUAACCAGCCUUUCCUGGGCGACGCUCUUGGCACAGUACUAUGGCGGCGUGUACAACGCCGUCUCUGUCCUCUGCGGCUGCGUGGAUCCACAGGAGAGCCAGGAGUUGCUUCUGGAGCUCCAGGACUACGCCCUCGACCACGUCGAACGCUGCUGGGGCACAAACCUUGCAAGUGUGUACGACAUCCUUGCCUGGGUGGCCAACGGCGCGGCGGCCACGGGGCGGGACGCGGGACUCGGCAGGGGCGUGGACCACCGCGCCAUCAUCGACGCCAUGUUUGGGCACUUGAGGGAUGUUGGGGCGAGGGAGCACGGCAGGGUUUCCGCCCUCGCGUUCAACGCCCUCCGCUGCGGUGUGGCGGAGCACGUCGACUUGGUCAAGUCACACAUCGCAAGGGCGCUGCGCGAUGAGGCGGAUUCGGAGCGCUCGGUGUACAUGGCGGCAGUGACCAUAGCGACGGAGGUGCUUCGCGACCCCGCGGCGAACUGGCCGCGCCUGAAGGAUCUCCUCCUGCACGUCGCCGUCUUGUACAACUCUGGGCGCGACGAGGAGGGCUCGGAGAUGAUGGUGGCGGCCACCGAGCCGGUGCUGCUCCUGUGGCCCGAGGCCCUGCGCGUACAGUACCCGCCAACCGUGCGACUCUCGGCGGUUGGCCGCGCCCUCGCCAUCGCCACCAUCCUGUGGUGCUGCCACCUGCGGCAUGACUGGGCGACGUCGCUCACGCUGGAGCUGCUGGACUGGAACACCAGCCACGUCGCCGUCAAGCACGAGCCAUGCAUGCCGAAUUCCAAACCCCAUCGCUGUCGUAUUCGUCUCUGGCAGUUGCUUUGCGCGCUGCUUCCGAUGAUUGAUGACGACGCGGCCGCGCAGCAGAGCAUUUUGCGGCGCGUGGUGCAAGCCUGCCUGCCCCUCACCAACAUGGGCAGCGUGAGGCGCCUGAUGGAGGUGUACGCGCUAAAAAUACUGGAGCGCCAGCCCGCGCUCUACACCCUGCUGGAUGCGGCGAUGACAAACUACAGCCUGCGGCCGCAGGUCUGCGGCAGUUAUCUCCUGAUCAUGGCGCACAUGAUACUGCGGCAAAUUCGCGGGGAGGUGGCCUGCGUGGACGGCCUCUUUGCGGCGCUGCUGCAUCGUCUCUUUCAGCAGAGCACUUCGCACCAGCACCUGCUGCGCAUCAUCUGCCACGUUGGGCUCUACCACAUCCACGCGGCCUGCGCGUCGCGGGGGGUGACGUUCCCUCCUACGGAGGAGAUGGUCUUCGACUACAUUGCCCGUGCACCCGAGCAUGUGAAGUUCCGCGACAAGCACGCGGAGCAGCUCUUCUUCAACCUGGCGGAGGCCUGCAGCCCGCGACAGCUCUUCUGCAUUCAGCGGAGGGAGGGAAGCACCAUUCUCAUGGAGAGUAUACCGGCCGCCGCCUUUGAGCGGAUGCGGUUUCUGGACCACGAAUUUCGCUGUCUCAUCGGGGCGCUAAGCCCGGUGGAGAUGCUUCGCGUGCGACGCAUCUCAGACCGCAUCGACAGUCGCCGCCUCCUCGAACCCUUCAAAAACUUUCCGUACAUCCCACACACGGCGGCCCACACGACUUACUGCGUCGAUUACACCGCCGAGGCCGUGGCACUUCUCAUGGAGGACGGCAGCGAGAACAAAAAAAACAACAGCAGCAGCUGCGGCGGCGGCAGGGACACAAAUAACAGCGUGGGCGACGGGGAUGAGAACAUUCAGCGGAAGGUGACGCCGUGGUGGAAUAGCCUGGUCUACAAUGAGCUCCACCCGCGGGCCCUAAAACACAAGAAACGACAAACCAUUAUUGUGGUAAGUUCGUUGCUGCAAAACCCUGUGAACGUCGCCGGCCUCUUCCGCUGCGGUGAGAUCUUCACGGCGGAGAAGAUUGUUGUGUCCGACCCGGCCGUCUUUGAGCACCCGCACUUCGUGGCCGCCGCGCGCAGUGCCGAGCUAUGGCUGCCGUGGGACGCCGUGCCGGCAAAAAGUCUGCCGCCAUAUUUGGAUUCCCUGCGGCGCGAUGGUUACACGCUUAUUGGCAUUGAGCAGACGGCAGGAAGCGUGCCAAUGGCGUCGUAUCAGUUCCCCAAGCGCGCUGUUAUCCUCCUCGGCGCGGAAGGCCACGGCGUCCCUGCGGAGCUGCUACCGUUACUGGACGUAUGCGUGGAAAUCCCACAGUUUGGACUGAUUCGUUCGCUUAACGUGCACGUCACCGGCGCCUUGGUGCUGUACGAGUACACCCGACAGCACCUUAUGAGUUAG